AUGAAUGACCCAAUUAUCACUGGAUAUUAUCAACCUGCGAACGUUUUUCGCCAGCCAGCUCUGGUCGUCAAGAAAAGAUCUCAAAAUAAUGAUACAGGGAGUAUGCUGAACUCGGUGUCAAUAGAUACAACACAACACCAUCGCAAAUCCUGGAAAAAUGAUGUUUCUAGGAUCGGAUCUCCCCUGCUAAGAAAAGCUUCGGAUGAUUUCAAUGAUCAUUACACAGCAAAAAAACUGAAAUCUGAAUAUUGGAAGCUAAGCAACAAAAAUGGAGCAUCGUAUCUUCCAACGGAUUUAUCUAUCGUUGGAGAUACGAUAUUAAUCUCUAACAUGGAUAGCAAGAACAAUCUAAAACUACAUAAAUUAAAACAAUCGAAAAAUGGGCCUUUCAGUGAGCCAACGAAAUUACAUGAAAUACAAAGUGUAUCCGUUCCUGGAACCCCUAUAAUGUCAUCAUGUCUCUUGCCAUCAAAACGCUUUAGUGCAGAUUAUUUUGAAGGUCAUGAUCAAUUGCUGCUGUGCGGUCAUCAAGAUGGUGUUGUCGAUCUAAUCUCAACUUCGAUGGAAAGCGGAGAUGCUAAGAUUGCAAAGAGAUAUAAGCACGGAAAAUUUUUGAAGCACCAAAAGUCAUUGCAAUCCAAUUUAGACAAUUGGCUGCAGUCUUUUCCUUCCUUGCCAGUGCGCAAAAUCAAACCAUGGAACGAUACUGGUUAUACAUCUUUGGUUAAUGACUCCCUUUUCAUUUACGAUCUCAAUAGGGCUAAAAAACCACAAUAUUUACAGAGUUUUCCAGGAAUAGAGAGCAUGGCUGCUAAUGAAUUCAAUAACCCAUACGUUUUGUCACUUUGUGGCUCUCAAUUUGGAAAUAGUGGCGUUGCAUUGCUCGAUCUAAGGACUAAUGGUUUAAAGGGAAACUUGUACAUUCCAGAUUGUGAAGAUAUCGCCGGUGAAUCCACUUCAUGUAGGACAAAAAACAACACUUCUUAUGAUUGUACAUGGAUUGAUGAAUAUCAUGUUGCAAAUUGUGUUAAUGAUAUUGUGAAGAUAUGGGAUAUCAGGUCCACUGGAAGCCAAGCAAAAUGUGAAGUUUUGCCAAUGAAGGGAUGCAUCGAAUCGCUUAACUACAGCAUAAAGUCAAAGACUAUGUAUACCAGCGAUGAUCAGGGAAAUAUAAUGUCAUGGGAUCUGACCAGACUUAAUAACAUGAAAAAGGCUACAUCAGCGCAAGGUUUCAAUUCAAUUUCAAUUCAAGAUACUCAAGAAUUGUUACACGAUGUUAGUCAAUGUGGGAAUAUUAUAAUAAAUGGUUCAAGUUUCCAGAAACAGUAUUCUAAAAACACUGUGCGGGGAUCAAUAUUUCUGGAUACAACUCUUGAUGGGUCCUUAAUUACGUUAGAUGCACAGGAGUUAGGUCUUCAUCAAGUUUGUCAUAUUGAAUGUGAUGUUACAAAUUUGAAUGAGAAGAACGAUCAGGUGGUGCUAUCAGCAGACACCUAUGAAGAUGCUAAUAAACUCCAAGAGGAUUCAGAUGUUACUUUAUUAGGACAUGAUCUCUCUUCGCUUUCAAAUCAAUCCGAUUGUUCGUCCUCUCAUACGCUUCAUUCGAUAGAAGCCUAUGAGAAUGCCAAUGUUGAAAAAAAUAUGAAGCACGAUCCACACUCUAACAUCAUCUAUUCUUUAAAUGAUCUCGGUUUGAGUGGAUCAACGAUAUAUCGAGAAACUAUUUGA